AGCCAGGGCGUGGCUCCUCUGCAGUCCCCCUGCCAGGGCAGAGAGGCCGGGGUGCGGCCAAAGGCCCAGGGCCCCCGUGGUCAUCUCCCUAGUCGUCAAGCAGCUGGAAGGACAAGGACCGGCCACAGCUGCCAGCUCUCCUCGAGCUGCGGUGCCCACCCCAGGCAGUCAGGCCUGGCAGCCGCCUGUGCACCACAGACCACCGGACGGUUUCCGCCAGACCCUACCGCCUCCUCUCCCUCCCGGGGGAUUGCGCAAAGCCCCACAGCUCAGAGGUUUUGCCGGGUCUGUGGAGCCUCAGAGAUGCCCACGGCCCCCUCUCCUGCGCUCGCCCAUCUCCUCCAUGGGUGCAACACCAGCUCCCCACCCCCACCCCGAUACCAGUCUGGUCCUCACCGACAGGCAGGAGCUGGAGGAGGCCAGCAACCCCAGGCACCCAAGAGGGAAGCAGGAGGGGGACCGCGGGGUGGCAGAAAACCCCCAAGAUGGCGAAGGGCAGCUGACCCAGGCCGUGGUUCCUGUUCGCGCCUCCUUCCAUGACCCCCAUCCCAUGGACCUCAAGAACGUGAGCUGCCUGAGGCCUCUGGAUGCAGAACCUGAGAGCCAGUCCUUGUCCUGCCACAUCCAGGACCAAGAGGGGUCCAGCAGCAGUGGGGCGAGGAAGCCGGUGGGGUACCAGCUUGGCUGAGUGGGGAGCAGGUCAGAGCUCAAGGGAAGUCGGAUCAUGCUGACUUGCUCUCUCUCCAGCUCAGAGGAACUGGAGCAGAAGGGGAAGGAACUUGACCUCCAGGCCUGGGCCCCCAGGGCUGGCCCGAGGGUAGGGGUGGGGAAAGGAGAAAACCCCUGGACUCCUGCCCUCUUUUUCCUGGACCAGGAGCCAGCCCCUACCUGCCAGUGUCAGGGACAGAGCGACUCCUUCCCUUUCCAGUCUGGAAAGCCCCCUCUCUGUCCCCACCCCCAUCCUGGGCUUCGGGGCCUGGAGGAGGAGGCCUGGAGUCCCCAAGGGCAGGCCCUGUCCGCAUCCCCGCUCGGCAGUGUCAGCAGCUCGUUCCAGGCGGCUGGGACCAUGGGACUUCUGUGGACACGUGUCCUCGGAUGAAAGGGCCUCCCUCCAUUCGGGCUGUGCAGGGGUGCGGCUGUGAUUGUAGGGCGUCUCUGCCCAGUGGCUGCUGUGAUUUGAGAUACCUGGGUAUCCUGGGUGGCUGACUCUGGGCGCUGCGGAUGGGAUGGCCGGUUGCAGCCUCUCCCAGAGGCUUCGGGCCUUGGGGGCCUUGGCUGGAGCCGCCCUCCUCUUCACCCUGUGGCUCCUGUGGCAACUUGGGCCGGCCCCCGCGAGGGUCCCCGCGCCCCCGCGAACGCUCCUCAUCCUUGUCUGGCACUGGCCCUUCGCCGACCAGCCCCCUGAGCUGCCCAGCAACACCUGCACCCGCUAUGGCGUGGCCCACUGCCACCUGAGCACCAACCAUAGCCUGCUGGCCAGCGCGGACGCCGUGGUCUUCCACCACCGCGAGCUGCAGACCCGGCGGGCCCACCUGCCCCUGGCCAGCCGGCCGAGGGGGCAGCCCUGGGUGUGGGCCUCCAUGGAGUCGCCCAGCCACACCCACGGCCUCAGUCGCCUCGGCGGAAUCUUUAACUGGGUGCUAAGCUACCGGCGAGACUCCGAUAUCUUCGUGCCCUAUGGCCGGCUGGAGCCCCACGAGGGCCCCGCGCCGCCCCUGCCAGCCAAGAAGGGGGUGGCGGCCUGGGUGGUCAGCAACUUCCAGGCGCGGCAGCAGCGCGUGCAGCUGUACCGGCGGCUGGCGCCCCACCUGCGCGUGGACGUGUUCGGCCGCGCCAACGGGAAGCCACUGUGCGCCAGCUGCCUGCUCCCCGCUGUGGCCCGGUACCUCUUCUAUCUGUCUUUCGAGAACUCACAGCACCGAGACUACAUCACAGAGAAGUUCUGGCGCAACGCACUGGCAGCCGGGACCGUUCCCGUGGUGCUGGGGCCCCCGAGGGCCAACUACGAAGCCUUUGCACCGGCUGACGCCUUCGUGCACGUGGACGACUUCGGCUCGGCCCAGGAGCUGGCCUCCUUCCUGGCUGGCAUGAACGCCAGCGGCUACCGGCGCUACCUGGCCUGGCGGGACCGGCUCCAAGUGCGGCUGUUUGAGGACUGGAGCGAGCGCUUCUGCGCCGUCUGCGCCCAAUACCCCCACUUGCCUCAAGGCCAGGUGUACUGGGACCUCAAGGCCUGGUUCCAGGCCUGAGCUCUGGCCCCACGAGGAGGAGGCUGAGGAGGGUGGCUGGGUGCCGGUGGUGGAGGUGGAAGGGCUGGGUGUUGAAAUCAAACCACUGGGCAUCCGGCCCCCACAGGCCAUCAGGAUAGUGCAGAGGCUGGGUUAGAAACUGGAAAGCAGAGGUCAGGUGGGAGUGGGCUGGUCCGGGCAGACUGCCUAGAGAAGGAGGCUGGCGGGCACUGGAGCAGGCAUUGGGGGGUGAAGGUGAGAGUGGGAGAGAGUUAGUGGAGGUGCGUGUGGCGAGUUGAUCUAAGAUACAGGCUCCCAAGGACCUCUGAGGACCUCCCUCCCCACCUUGAUAAAACACCAGUGGGAUCGUCUGUCCCAGACACCAGCUGGGAGAGGCCAGGGGUUGGGCCCUCCUGCAGUCUGGAGGGGAAAACUCUGAGCCCCCAAACCUCCUCUGUCACCGAGGUCCCUUGGCUUGGGCCAUGCAGGUACAUCACCCACUCCCUGCACUGUGCUGGAGCCGGGCCUGGGGAUGCCAGGGCAAACCAGACUGCCUGCAUCUCUGGGAGGGACAGCGAUCAGUAAAGAAAGGGAAGACGAGAA